CGGCUGGUGUACGCUCUCGCCGAUACGCAAUAUGGUGCACGGUACUUACACACAUCAAAGUGAAACAAAGCACAAUGGACCGUGAAAACAAUGGUUGGAAAACUUUGCAAAGUUUUGGCAGCAACAUUUGUUCGGGUCAUUGUGGGCGCCUUCGUUAUCAAAAGGCGAAGCAGCGCGUAACACCAGCGCCAAACUUUUCCACGCGCAUGUUUGAUGUAUUCAACGGAAAUCGUGCUAAAGCCGAGGGUGUAAUAAAUUGCGUAAAGGGUAUGGGUUAAGGGACGAGGCCGGUGCGGUAACAUGUAAGUUCGUGAUUGUUGUACGUCGAACUGUUUCCGGGUACAGUUGGGAAUGGGAGGGAAGAAUUUUCUAUCCAAUUUGUUUGAAGCUUUUCAGUGGUUAUGGUACAGGAGCUUUUGUUAUAUAUGGAGUGGUCAUAUCAUAUCACAUGAAGUGAAAUAGCUUUCACAAAGCAUCCUCCAUAGAAAGUCCUUUCAAUAUGUAUUUCAAAAGAAUUUCUAAUUAAAUAUCCCUCCACAGAGAAAACUUGUGAAUGUGAACCAUGUUAAAUUUCCAACAUGACCAACCAAAAGUUUAUAUAAAUUAUAAUAAAUAAACGUAACAAUACCCAAACAGAAUUAUAAAUAAAGCACACUUUAGUUUUAGCAGAAGAACUUGAUUGCUUGAAGGGUUUCAGCGUGUGCCACCUACCGUAAAGAGCCUCUCUAUUAACACCUUCACAGCACGGGCAGCACGCCGGACAAACAUUUCAAACCCACCGCCUCAUCUUAUAAUGAAAUAAUUGAAUUCGAUUAAAAGCGUGCGCACGCCAUUAAAAUAAUUUUAAUGGUUUGGAGUUUUUCUGGCGUAAUUACUUUUAAAUUCCGCACCCGCAACCAAUCAUCGGGUCCGAAAAGCGAAAUGGCCUCCGUCGCCGGGGGAACUUCGGAACCGGCUGAAGCCCUCUGGUGUCAUGAGGGCUGAGGCCUUUCACCGGAAGUGGGAAAAAUCCUGUGCGAUAAUGAAUUUUUAAGCUACCGCAGUCUUGGCAAAACCGGGUCGGCGAAACGAAACGGGAAGGAUUUGGGGCAAGGAACAGAAUUCACGGGAGAUGAAUUGUGCUGGUGAAAUAAAUUAUUGUUUGCUUAAUUACUUUCUGCAGCACAAGACACACCAGUGCCAGCGGCAAAUGGGAUGUGCUAAUGGUCGUAACGGGAAACGGACCGGAUAGUUCCGUGAACCAUUCCGAUAAGUUUGUCACGCAGCCGGGUGGGGAUGUAGUUUUCUCAAUUUAAAAGAACGAUUCUACAUCAUGGCGGAUGGUGCAAGAAAUUGGUAACAACUUGCUUCUUAAUUAAUUUAUUCUAACUUCUAUUAAUUGAUCGAACGACAGCCGCUUUCCGACAAGCGCAUCAAGCGGCAAGCAAACAGAAAGAAAUAAAACAUGGAAACCGUGAGCGGGAAUUGAACGUUAGGAAGCGCUCGCGACGCAGUUUUGCGAUAAGAAUUGAAAAAGGAGAGCAAGAACCACUUUGAACCACACAUUGGACACCAUCACACAAUAGUAUGGAGGCAUUUCAAUUCACGCAACAAAGUGCUACGUUUGCAUACUACUUCUUUUCCAGCAGAUAACGCCACCAACAAUGGUUCGGUGUCUAUAUCUUGUGAUUUUAUUGGGGACGCUUUUUCGAUUGUCCCAUGCCGGUUUCAUGGACUGGUUGCGUGGAGACAACGUGGACGAACAGUGGGGUCACAAGGUAGGUAGAAUUUAUGUGGAAGUCCUCUCGCCGAAAGGCAUCCGCCUGUGGACAGCGUACAAUCCCGACACAGAGCUGCUGGGUGUGGAGCUGUACGUGAAGUACUACGGUGGAAGUACGGAAGCACUCGAGUGUGGCCUUUGCCAGAACGUUACCGAACCGGUGGAUGGGAAGUUUAUGUUGGAGAGUGCGAACUUGGUGGCCCGCUUCGGGGAUGUUCUUCAGUACUACAUCAUAACGUUCGACGGCGUUACAACGAAGCGACAUGCCGUAAGGCGAAUGUUUGUGCGAGAGGAGCUUAUCAAACCGAACGAUCGAUGUGUCUGCCCUGAACGUGAGCUGCCGGGGCUUCUACGUGUUGCACCGACGGCUGAGGUGGACCUACUCGAGCGCAUGAUACUGCGUGCACUGAGCAAUGGAAGCCGUCACUGUGAAUCGAUCUCUAACUGGCUCGUGUUACGGGCGGAACCACGCAACGAACAGGCCGAUUUGCUUGAGUACGUGCGAACCUAUCUCGAUCUGUUGCUGUUGCGAGCGAAAUGGCUCACACUGGAAACAGGUGGCAGCGGUUGGACAAGUGCACGACCAUCGGCAUUGGUUGUGGAGGCGGAAGAUCAUGCGAAUGGAAUUGCAUUCCGGGUGAGAUCUACUAUGGUGAAGCUGCAAAUGUUGGAUCUUAUGAGUUUCAGCGGCGUGAUAGAGGACUACGAUGGUGUUUUAUAGGUGUUAAAUGCAAUAUUAGGGUUUAGGGCAGGUUUGGAGAUAUAGUAAAAGGAAUGGAUAUGGGUUGUAGAACAUAACAUAGAACCUUUUUUUAUUAAAGGAUUAAGAUCCAGGAUAAAAGAAUUGCCAAAUAGAUUUCAAGAAUUCAAAUAAGAUUGAUGGAACUUUCAAACUUGAAACCAACUUUGCAGAAUCAUAAAUGAAGGUUUUAAAUAUACUUCAUAAAUUCUGGAGCUACUAAUACUAAACUAAUAGGGAAAAUAUAUAUUUUUUACAUAUGAAUGCUCUGUGACUGCCCUAGACAUUAAUUCCACAAAUGUGUUUGUCAAAAUGUGCUUUUCGUUUUCUGUUGGAACAGUUUGUUUAGUAAUGCGAGUAAAGUAAAAUAUGUUUAAAAACUCGGAAACAUUAAAACAUGAUAUUUCGCCUAAAUGUAGGCAAUCCGUUGAACUCUUGGAAUGUUUUAAAUUGUUUGACAACAAAUUUCAUUGUUUAACACAAAAUAAAUAGU